UGAAACUACUACAGCUGUGAUUUGUAUUAUAUUAUACCUAGGUAGUUGUGGUCAGAGAGUAGAUAAAACAAAGGGCUUCCCAACAACACUGUCUCCCAAGAAAACAACUAUGUGUUUACUUUACAUUUUAGGAUAUGCUGCUGUGAGGAAAUUGGGGUAAACAAACUGGAAUGGACUCUGCUCAGUCCCAUUUUUGACGGCGUCACACAGAUGUUUUGGGUUUGGAAACAUUUUGGGGACAACUGCUUUUCAAGCCUCAUCUUGACUGCAUCAUGCUGACUUUUCUUUGGAAAUUCACCAUCUUUCAUUUCCUUAUCAUCUCCUGCUGUUUACUUAAUUAUGUGAAUCCUGAAGACAAUCCGGAUAUACCAGCAAUUGCCAAAUAUUUCAACACACAAGGGAGGUAUGAAGAAGUGAACCCGUAUCUCAUAGAGGAUAUACUUGCUGUAAACAGAUCCAUCUUACAGCCUCCAUCUGCACAAUGUCAUGGAAUUCAUCUGACUGCGAUAGUAAGACAUGGCACAAGGUACCCGACAACCAAAAACAUCAAGGAGAUGCAGCAGCUCUACAACAUCGUCCUGCACAAUGCCUCAGGCGAAGAGAGCUGGCUGCGUGAGAUCCAGACCCAGUGGACGAUGUGGUACAAUGAGGACAUGGACGGCCGACUCGUCCAGAAAGGUGUGAACGAUCACAUGCAUCUGGCCGUCAGGCUGUCAAAGCUGUUCCCCUCUCUGAUUUCAGAGGAGAAGCUCCGAGGUGGAUUCUUCAAAUUCAUAACCAGCUCAAAGCACAGGUGUGUCAACAGCACACUGUCCUUCAAGGCCGGACUGACAGAGCUGUGGGCUAUUACAGAUAAGGAGUUUGACCAUGCAGUGAAUGAUGCUCUGAUGAGGUUUUUUGACCAGUGCGCCAGGUUUGUGGAGGAAGUUGAUAACAACCCCUCUGCUCUGUCAGAGGUGGACAAGUUCAAGCAGGGACCAGAGAUGAGGAGGGUCCAGGAGAAGAUCGCAGACCGUCUCAGAGUCCCGUACAGUCUCAUCACAGAUGAUAUGUCUGAGGCUGCAUUUUACUUGUGUGCUUAUGAAUUUGCAAUCAAGGCGGUGAACUCCCCCUGGUGUCAGCUCUUUGAUGAGGAUGAUGCAAAGGUGAUGGAGUAUGCAAGUGACCUGAGGGAAUUCUGGAAAAGAGGCUAUGGUUAUGAUAUUAACAGCAAGUCGAGCUGCAUUCUCUUUCAUGAUGUAUUUAGUCGACUGGACAAGGCAGCCAGCGAGAACAAGUCAGGCCAGCAGGUGACUGAAGCCGUGACAGUCCAGGUCGGCCAUGCAGAUACCCUGCUGCCGCUGCUUACCCUCCUGGGCUUCUUCAAGGACAACGAUACCCUGACUUCUACCAACUACGCCACACAGGCCAAACGCUCCUUCCGCACCAGCCACAUGUUACCCUAUGCGGCUAACUUACUCCUGGUGCUAUACGACUGCGGGGGAGGCGACCUGAGACUGCAGCCACUGCUCAACGAGAAGCCUGUGACUUUCCCCGGUUUGACUGACCAGCGGGCCUCCAUACCGCUCUAUCAAGACGUCAAAGAGCACUACAGUGAACUGCUCCAAGGCUGUGACUUUGAGACUGAGUGUCAGCUGUUCAAGCAUCCUGCUUAAGUUUAGGCAGACAGGGUGGAUUCUGGAGAUGACGACAUUAUAGUGGCUUUAAUGUGUUUUGAUUUGCAAAAUGGAGUGAGAAUUGUGGUCCUAAUGGGAGCAUCUUAGUCUGAAUGCUUCUCCUAUGUAAACCAUCAGUUUGACCUUCCCUUUUAUUAGAAUGAAGCAACAAGGAAGCAUUUUCUCCCUUUGUCUUAUGCCUGAAAAGGCAGAUUUAAUGUCUCUGAAACACCCCAUGAUCCCAGCCUAGGAAUUAAAUUUCAAGUUCACCUGUACCACUACAGUAUUACUACUGCUAUAUUGCUUAUUUUUUCCAUUAUUGCGCAAUGUAGAGCAGGAAUUAAAGACUUUUUUGCAGUGUACAUAUUUUAUAUGUUCUGCUUAGGAAUUUUACACAUCUAUAUUCAUCACUUUGCUGUUUCCUGAUUUUCAAGAAGCAUUUCCUGAAGUGAAGUGUGCUGCAAUUUUUGACUGCUAUUGCUUCAACCAAAAUUGGUUACCCUUGGUUUGAGAAAGCACAAGAUUGCAUGGUCAGGCAGACAGGGUAGAUUUUGGAGAAGAUUCUGGAGUUAUAGUGGUUUUAGUCUCUUUUAUUUGCAAAAUGUAAUAAACAAUGUGCUCCCACCAUGAAAAUGUAACUGGUUGAAUAAGCACGUUUCAACUGUUCUGCUUUUGAAAUUUUAAAUGUGGAUGUCUUCCAUUGAUCACUUUGCUGCUUACUGUAAUCAACAUUUUCAGAAACCACUAACAUGUUUUGCUUUCUUUCAAUAGUUAUGGCAAAUAAAUAGAAAGAACUACAA